AAUCUUCCAAGCAAUGUCGAUCACCGCCGCAGCUUCGGUUACUCGCUUUCAAAUUUUUUUUUGUCAAAGAGGGAAAUAUUUCGCCCACGCCUUCUUUUCCUUUCUUUUUCUUUGAUCAUUUCUUUUACCCACUUGUAUACCUUUCAUCACUCUGCUAUCCGUUGACAGAAAACAAGAUGGGUAUCUUCAAACGACGACCUCCACCGCCUUUGCCGACUGAAGAGACAGCUCUUCCACAAGAUAAAGCAAAUCCCCUUUCAAAGAUCACCUUCCAAUGGGUCAACUCAAUCAUGACAACUGGGUUCAAGCGUCCUUUAGAAAAGGAAGAUUUAUAUACGCUGCCGGACUGGCGACUCUCACGGAACCUAACGGCAACGUUUCAGGAGCAUUGGAAACGUCAAUUGAAGCGAAAGACACCAAACUUGUUCUAUGCCCUCAACCAAACCUUCGGUCUUAAAUUCUGGUAUGGUGGUUUAUGUCGAUUGACCGCCGAUACUCUACAGAUCACUUCACCACUCGUUAUUCAGCAAAUUCUCCAAUUCUGUCAAGAGAGCUAUGGCAGCUCCAACCCUCCUCCCAUCGGUACUGGUAUAAUGUGGUGCAUAAUUCUCUAUGUCAUGCAAGUUGCAUCUACCAUUUUUAUGCAACAGUACUUCCAGCUCUCUGCAAUUACCGGUCUUAUGUGUAGAACAGUUCUAAUCUCAAGCAUCUACCAAAAGAGCAUGGUUCUAAGUGGCAAAGCUCGCAUGAACUUUACUAUGGGCAAGAUCACCAACCUCAUGUCAACCGACACUACCCGUAUUGAUUUCAUUUGUGGAUAUUUCCAUAUUAUCUGGGCAGCGCCAGUAGAAAUUUUGAUUGGAUUGGGAUUACUCAUCCGCAACUUGGGUGUAUCAGGUUUGGCUGGUUUCGCUAUCAUGAUCAUUAUGGCACCUCUUCAAACCAAGGUUAUGCGGAUGCUUUCCAAGUUGCGGCGGAAAGCUGUGUUGAUUACGGAUAGUCGCGUUAAGCUGACUCAGGAAAUGUUGAACGGCAUCAAGGUCAUCAAGUUCUAUGGAUGGGAGGACAGUUUCAGUGACCAACUUCAUAACUUGCGUUCAAAGGAAUUGACUUAUAUUCGUAGUCUGAUGGUGUUGCGUUCUGUCAUUAUGGGCGUUGCCAUGACAAUCCCAGUCAUAGCCUCUAUUCUAUCGUUCAUUACCUAUAGCUUGACUGGUCACAUUUUGGAGCCAUCCUUGAUUUUCUCGUCUUUAACCAUCUUCAAUCUCGUCCGCAUGCCACUCAUGUUCCUUCCUAUGGUCAUUGGUGCCUUCGUGGAUGGACAAGUUUCUUUGAACCGUAUUCAGGAAAUGUUCCUCGCUGACGAGCUUGAAAAGCUUCCUGAAGUUAAUUACGAUGCCAAGGAUGCUAUUUUAAUCGAAGACGGUGAUUUUGUCUGGCAAAGCGCUGCGCCUUCGCACCUCACUGCUGAAAAGGAAGGAAAAGGCGGCAAAGGACAAAGUAAAGCGAAGUCAUCCGGUUUAAAGAACAAGUUUAAAAAUUUAAGAAAGAACGACAAAACUGCUGACGACAAGGACGACAACUCAGAAAGUACGACUGUUGGUGUUCAAGAUGAAAAAGCUCAACCUAAAGACAGCAGCGAGUACGAGCCAGAACCUUUCUUGCGAAAUAUCAAUGUUUGCAUCCCACGUGGUUCUUUGGUUGCCGUUGUCGGUGCCGUUGGAUCUGGAAAAUCUUCUUUACUCAACGCCUUGGUAGGAGAAAUGAAACAGACGAAAGGAGAUGUCGUUUUUGGUGGUGAUGUUGGGUAUUGCCCGCAAACUGCAUGGAUUCAAAACAAUACGGUUAAGAACAACAUUCUUUUUGGUCUUCCAUUGGAUGAAGCAAGAUAUCAGCAAGUUAUCAAGGACUGUGCCUUAGAACCAGACCUUCAAAUAUUGCCAGAUGGCGAUGCUACUGAAAUCGGUGAAAGAGGAAUCAAUUUGUCCGGUGGACAAAAGCAAAGAAUCAAUUUGGCACGAGCAACCUAUUACAAUGCGGAUAUUUUGCUGCUUGACGACCCUCUGAGCGCUGUAGAUGCUCACGUUGGCAAGCAUCUUUUCGAAAAGUGUAUUUGCACUGCCUUGGCCGGAAAAACUCGCGUUUUGGUCACUCAUCAAUUGCACGUACUUCCCAAAGUCGAUUACAUUUUGGUUAUGAAGGAGGGUGAAAUUGCCGAAGAAGGUACCUUCACUCAGCUUUUGGAAAACAAAAAUGAAUUUUCAGUGCUCAUGGAAGAAUACGGAGGUGUGGAUCACGCUGAAGAAGAGGAUGUCGAUGAGGUUACCACAUCAGCUAUCAAAUCGGAAGGAAAGAAGGUCACUGAGGAAACUGGACCAGGAGUACCGAGCAAAGCAUUGAUGACCACCGAAGAACGCAACACAGGCGCCGUCCAAGCCCAUAUUUACAAAUAUUGGAUUGAUAACGCAGGUGGAUGGCUGACUGUCUUUGUCAUUGUCUUUUUCCUCUGCCUAAUGCCAACAAGUAAUAUUGGAACCAACCAAUGGCUAUCAUAUUGGUCUUCGUAUGAUGCUCCCCAAGGUAUCAAUCAAAGCCCACCAACUGAUUACCGCACAGGAUACUUUAUGGGUGUAUAUGCUGCCUUGGGUGUCGCCCAAGCUAUUUGCAAUUUCAUGGUGUCCUUCUGCUUUUCUAUUGCUGGUGUUGCAGCUGCCAAAUCUUUACACGGCCAUGCUGUCCAUUCAAUUUUCCGUGCACCCAUGGCUUUCUUCGAUACCACUCCCAUUGGUCGUAUCAUGAAUCGCUUCAGUAAAGACAUUGAUGCUAUCGAUAACUUGCUUGCUGAUUCUAUGCGACAGUUUUUUGGUACUUUGAUCCAAGCUGUUGGAACCUUUGUAUUGAUCUCCGUAUACUUCCCAGUAUUCCUUGCACCUUUGUUUGUCCUACUGGUCCUUUACUAUUUCGCAGCUAUCUAUUACCGCAGCACAUCGAGAGAAUUGAAGCGACUUGAUUCUAUCUUAAGAUCCACUAUAUAUGCUCACUUUGGCGAAUCACUCAGCGGCCUUGCAACUAUCCGAGCAUAUAGAGAACAGAGUAGAUUUAUCAAGAAUAACCAAGAUUACACGGAUUUAGAGAACAGGGCAUACUAUCUCAGUAUCACAAUUCAGCGCUGGCUGGCUGUACGACUUGAGACUAUUGCCAACACCAUGAUUUUGUUCGUCACGAUCUUCUCAGUAGUGUACCGCAUGACCUUGAAUCCUUCGACUAUGGGUUUUGUCCUUAGUUACUCGCUUUCCUUGACUGGUACUUUCAACUGGACUGUCCGUCAAUGGGCAGAAAUGGAAAAUAACUUCAACUCUGUGGAGCGAUUGUGGUUCUAUACCAAGGAGAUUGAUCAAGAAGCGCCUGCAAAGUUGACUGAUUCGAAGCCGCCGUCUGCCUGGCCUACCAAAGGAGACAUUUCAAUGCGAAAUGUGGUGUUUAGAUAUCGAAAGGGCCUUCCUGCCGUCCUCCAUAACUUGAGUCUAGAUAUCAAGGGAGGCGAAAAAAUCGGUGUUGUUGGAAGAACAGGAUCUGGAAAAUCCACUAUCAUGAUUGCACUUUUCAGACUGGUUGAACUAGCCGAAGGACAAAUCUUCAUCGACGAUGUUGACAUCUCGAAAAUGGGCCUAUAUGACCUUCGCACCAGACUUGCCAUCAUUCCCCAAGACCCUGUAUUGUUUCAUGGAACCAUUCGUUUGAACUUGGAUCCCUUCCAAAAGCAUACCGAUCAAGAGUUGUGGAGUGCAUUAGAACGUUCCGAUUUGAAGCAUUACAUCUCUACAUGCCCUGGUGGUUUAGAUGCGGAUGUCUCAGAAGGUGGCGAAAACUUGUCAGUUGGACAGCGCCAAUUGCUUUGUCUGGCCCGUGCCAUGCUUACUAAGGCUCGCAUUAUUGUUAUGGAUGAAGCUACCGCCUCCGUCGAUGUCAAGACUGACGCGUUUUUGCAAAAAGCACUUCGUAUUGACUUCAAGAAUUGUACCCUGCUCACAAUCGCCCAUCGCCUGAACACCAUCAUUGAUUACGACAGAGUUUUAGUUCUUGAUAACGGUGUGAUCAAGGAGUUGGACUCACCCCACAAUUUGCUAUCCGACCCCAACUCUGCAUUUUCAUCCAUGAUUGACGAAACCGGUCCAUCGAACGCUGUUCUAUUGCGUAGAUUGGCAAAGGAUGCUCAAGAAGGCAGAUUUAAUAUUGAAGACCUUGACCAAUUGGUUGCUCAAGAGCAAGAAGAAGAUAUUGAAGAAGGCUUCACUGUGAACGACAAUGCCAAGCUAAAGAGGAAGAAUUAGAUACCCAAAGGUUGAUUAUC